AUGGCCAACUACAAUGGGCGUCGCAUGCCCAACUUCUCGCAAUACCUCGAUGACUUGAACGCAAUUCCAUCGCCGUAUGACCAGGCCCAGCAGCAGCAACAGCAGCAGACUACCUUCAACGACGAGGACCUAGCUCUGUUCACCAACACCGAGUUCUUCGAGUUCGACAAGUUCACCGACUUCAACGGUCUGCCUUCGUUCUCGGCAGAAGAUGACAAGACACACGAGGCUGUCUCCGAUCAAUCUGCGCAGAAUGUGGAUCUGAAGUUCUUGGAUUUCUUGAAUGCUGCAUGGCUUUCCCCUGAUCACACCAUACUCCGCGGACUUGUUCACAAUUCUUUGACCUCCUUGGCUGGAUUUUUGAACCCUGCAUAUCAUCCUUCCCGUGGCCCUAGCAGGGUUUUCUUCCACUCAAAUUUGACUUUGGUCGUUGGCGUUAAUGCUCUCCGCUAUUACGCCAUUCCACCAGAGGGUCUCAAUGGCAUUACCGAUUUCCAGCCCGACCUGACUGGCUCCAACGUCCAGGUGCCCAUGCACAAUGCCCACUUCCCUGCGGUUCCGUCCGUUCCUAGUGGGCCUGUGGCUGCGAGCCAGGCACCCCUGCAGCCUGCGCCUAUUCACACCGCUCCGAAGGUCGCUCAAACUCCAUCCUCUGUUUCUAUGUCGCCUUCCACUCCGGUUACCGGCACCAAGCGCAAGAACUCAGCACACUCGAGCCAGGAGAGUGCUGAGGAGGCUAGUCGCCAAAUGGCCGAGGAGGAUAAGCGCCGUCGCAACACCGCCGCCAGUGCUCGCUUCCGUGUGAAGAAGAAGCAGCGUGAGGCUGCUCUCGAGCAGACCGUCAAAGAGACCACCGACAAGAACGACAUUCUUGAGGCCCGCGUGUCUCAGCUCGAGCUGGAGAACCACUGGCUCCGUGGUCUGAUCAUGGAGAAGAAUGGUGCCGACGAGCAGUCUGAGCAAGACAUCUCGAACAUGUUCAAGAAGUUCUUGGCCUCACAGAAGGCCGAUGAAUCAAGUAUUUCCGACCUGAAGCGCGGUGUGGGCACUACCGUAUGA